AUGUAUCUGGCUGAAGUUGCACCUCGCGAACUCCGUGGAACGGUUGCAGCAUGCAAUGCUCUGGGUAUCACCUUAGGUGACGUGGUCGCGUACUUGGCCACAUUGUCCAGCACAUUGAACACAAACGAAUUGUGGCCCAUCGCAUGCGGAUUGUGUGUUGUGCCAGCGGCAAUCUCCCUCCUCAUUCUGCCAUUCUGCCCAGAGAGUCCGCGUUUCCUGUUUAUGAAGAAAGGCGAUGAGAUUGCGGCACGGAAAGCUUUUUGUCGUCUCAAUUCCAAUGAGAACGUUGAAGCGCUUGUGUGUGAAUUAAUGGAAGAAAUGACGAGUGUCAAAACCAAACCUCAAUUCAGGUUCACACAUCUGUUCACUCGAAAGGAUCUCCGCAUGCCGGUAUUGCUUGCAUGUAUACUUGUGAUGCAACAACAGUUCUCUGGUAUAAAUGCGGUUAUCAGCUACUCAUCCACUAUGCUCAGAACCGCAGGCUUCCACGAGCAGUACAUACAGUACUGUGUGCUAGCAGUCGGUGUACUAAACAUACUGGUGACGACAACCGCGCUGCUGCUACUACAACACGCUGGACGCCGAACACUUCUCCUCUGGCCAACUCUGGUUCUCACACUGGUCCUUCUACUGCUGACAGUUACAGUGAACGUGUCCACAGAUGCGACGUCUAGAUCGUUGCAGCGAACAAUGGGACUCGCCUCAGCUAUACUCAUCCUCGUCUAUGUUGGCGCAUUCUCGCUGGGCUUGGGUUCAGUUACCGCGUUGAUUGUGUCCGAACUAUUCCGUCAAGAGCCUCGCGCAGCAGCAUUCUCGCUGAGUCAAUGCCUAUACUGGUUCUCGAAUCUGCUAAUCUUGGGCACUUAUCCAAGCAUUGUUGUGAGUGGCAGUUUGGUUUAUGUUAAACGUUAG